AUGGCAAAGGUCCAUGACAAGGUAAGGGCAGGCGUUCAACGUGCCAGUUUUCCAGACGCAGUGGUGCCAGCUGUGAUGUAUUAGAACUAUUUUAUUAUAGCACAUGGCGCAAGUAUAUUCAUGAUGUCAUAUAAGGUGAUUGGGUGAGUCAGUCCGCGUGCACCCGUCAAGUAACAAGCCCAGUGAAGGCAGUCUCCGGUGUUAUGUUGCUAGCUACCUAGCUAUGUUUAUUGUUUCAUUAAAGCCAACCAAGGUGAUAUUCACCUCCAGAUUCUUCAUAUAAAGCAUACUACUACAUGGUGCCAGAAGAUCAGCAACAAUGGCUAAGUUUCCACCUCCAAAAAACAUUGACUUCAGUCGCCCAGAACACUGGCCAGAAUGGCGCCAACGAUUUCAUCAUUACAGGAUAACAACUAAGCUAAACAAAGAAGAUGGAUAGGUACAGGUUCUAUUGGCUGGGCAAGGAAGCUGAACACGUUUUCAAGACAUUCACAUUUUCUGAGGAGGAGGAUCAGAAUGAUUAUGAGACUGUUAUGGGUAAACUGGACAAUUAUUUUGUGCCCAAAGUGAACACUAUUCAUGAAAGAGCCCGCCCAAAAAAUACAAGUGUCAUAUCAGAAAAGACUUAUAGCACACUAAAAAGCAUGCCACCGCUGAAGAGUAACAGUAACUCAACUAGACAGCCCAGGGGGUAAACUGAACUAGACAGCCCAGGGGGUAAACUCAACUAGACAGCCCAGGGGGUAAACUGAACUAGACAGCCCAGGGGGUAAACUGAACUAGACAGCCCGGUGGGAACUGAACUAGACAGCCCAGGGGGUAAAAACUCACUAUACAGCCAGGGGGUAAACUGAGCUAACAGCCCCAGGGGGAUAAACUCAACUAGACAGCCCAGGUGGGUAAACUGAACUAGAUGCCCAGGGGGUACUCAACUAGACAGCCCAGGGGGUAAACUUCAACUAGACAGCCCAGGGGGUAACUCACUAGACAGCCAGGGGGUAAACUCAACAGACAGCCCAGGGGUAAACUCAACUAGACAGCCCAGGGGGUAAACUCAACUAGACAGCCCAGGGGGUAAACUCAACUAGACAGCCCACGGGGGAUAAACUCAACUCAGAACAUCCCAGGGGGUAAACUGAACCUAGACAGCCCAGGGGGUAAACGACGACCCCAGAGUAAACUCAACUAGACAAGCCCAGGGGUUAAACUCACAAACUAGGACACCCAGGGGGUAAAACUCAAACUAGACAGCCCAGGGGGUAAACUCAACUAGACAGCCCAGGGGGUAAACUGAACUAGACAGCCCAGGGGGGAAACUGAACUAGACAGCCCAGGGGGUAAACUGAACUAGACAGCCCAGGGGGUAAACUGAACUAGACAGCCCAGGGGGUAAACUGAACUAGACAGCCCAGGGGGGAAACUGAACUAGACAGCCCAGGGGGGAAACUGAACUAGACAGCCCAGGGGGGAAACUGAACUAGACAGCCCAGGGGGGAAACUGAACUAGACAGCCCAGGGGGGAAACUGAACUAGACAGCCCAGGGGGGAAACUCAACUAGACAGCCCAGGGGGUAAACUGAACUAGACAGCCCAGGGGGUAAACUCAACUAAGCCCAGGGGGGAAACUGAACUAGACAGCCCAGGGGGGAAACUGAACUAGACAGCCCAGGGGGGAAACUCAACUAGACAGCCCAGGGGGGAAACUCAACUAGACAGCCCAGGGGGGAAACUGAACUGGAUGGGUCACUUUACAGCUACUACUAUUUGGAAAGGACAGCAGUUGAAGUUCAAAGUGUAUGUGAUAAAGGAGUCACAUGGAAGCCAUCUGCUAGGCCAUAAUGUAGCUGUUGCAAUGGGGUGGCAGGUAGCUUAGUGGUUAAGAGCGUUGUGCCAGUAACCGAAAGGUCGCUGGUUCUAAUCCCCGAGCCGACUAGGUGAAAAAUGUGCCCUUGAGCAAGGCACUUAACCCUAGUUGCUCUGGAUAAGAGCGUCUGCUAAAUGACUAAAAAUGUUAAUGUAAAAAUGCUUAGUAAAGAGAAUAGAAAAGAUCAAAAGCACAGAGCAGCUCAAGAGUGCUCGUCCUGCAGAUGUGGGCAAGCUGAAGAUAAAACCAAUGAAAAUAAACCUGAAAUAUGAUGUGGUGCCCUACAGGGCUUCUACAUCUGCAUUGCUUGCUGUUUGGGGUUUUAGGCUGGGUUUCUGUAUAAGCACUUUGUGACAUCUGCUGAUGUAAAAAGGGCUUUAUAAAUACAUUUGAUUGUUUGAUUGAUACAGUGUAAAUACAGCUAGACGUGUGUCAGUGCCCAUGCUCCCCAAGGCAAAAAAGGAGCUUGACCGCAUGGUGGCGAGUGGUGUGAUCAGGGAGCCUACAGAGUGGUGUGAUCAGGGAGCCUACAGAGUGGUGUGAUCAGGGAGCCUACAGAGUGGUGUGAUCAGGGAGCCUACAGAGUGGUGUGAUCAGGGAGCCUACAGAGUGGUGUGAUCAGGGAGCCUACAGAGUGGUGUGAUCAGGGAGCCCACAGAGUGGUGUGAUCAGGGAGCCUACAGAGUGGUGUGAUCAGGGAGCCUACAGAGUGGUGUGAUCAGGAGCCUACAGAGUGGUGUGAUCAGGAGCCUACAGAGUGGUGUGCUCCUAUGGACCUGGUACCCAAGAAGAACAAAGACUAGCUGAGGGUAUGUGCUGAUCUGAGAAGGUUAAACAAAUCAGUGAACAUGGAGAAAUACAUUCUACCCACCAUAGAGAUAACCUGCCAAGUUGUCUUUUAGAUGCAGCAAGUGUCUUCUGGCAGAUUCAACUAGACAGAGAGAGUGCCAAGCUUACCACAUUCAUAACACCUUAUGGAAGGUACAAUUUCAACAGACUUCCAUUUGGAAUCACUAGUGCCCCAGAAAUCUUCCAGCGCAACAUGACAGAGCUCCAGAAGGACCAAGAAGGCGUGGCCAUUUACAUGGAUGAUAUCCUUAUCUACUCAGACACGCCAGAGAGUCAUGAGGAGAUACUCCAGAACACCCUAUACACAUUGGAGAAAGCAGGUUUGAAGCUCAACCCAGACAAAUGUCUACUGCGUCAGAAACAGCUCAACUACCUAGGACACUGCAUCGACGAGAAUGGCAUUUGUCCUGAUGAGCCCAAGAUCCAGGCCAUCACGCAGCUGGAGCCGCCAAGUAACGUGAUUGAUCUGAGGAGGAUCCUGGGUAUGAUUCACUACCUAGGCAGGUACCUACCGGGUCUAGCUGAUGUCACCAAACCACUUAACGACCUGCUCAAGAGUGAUGCUACAUGGACAUGGAGUGCAGUGCAGGAGGAGGCCUUUAGGAAGGUAAAGCAACUCGUCACAUUGCCACUUGUACUGGCAUUCUAUUAUAUGACAAACCCUACCAUAGUCCAUGCAGUAUUUAUGGGUUAGGCGGGGUCCUACUACAGAAACACAAUGGACAGUUAAAGCCAGUAGCUUAUUGCAUCAGGACUCUCACAGAAGUGCUAUGCACAGACAGAAAAGGAGUGUCUCGGCAUGUCAGAAGUUUACCAGAUAUCUGUAUGGCCUAGAUGCAUUCACACUGCAGAGUGAUCAGAAACCCCUCAUUCCACUGAUAAACUGUAAAGACCUUGACUUAGUACCUUUGAGUUGCCAGAGACUGUUAAUGCGCAUGAUGCGUUAUAACCCUACAGCUGAGUAUGUGGUGGGGAAACAGCUUGUUAUAGGAGGCACCCUUUCCAGACAUCCCCAGGCAGCUGUCACACAAGAGAUCGUAGCUUACCAGUGAAAUCGAGGCCUAUGAGGAUGCAAUUCAUACAGCAUGGCCACCAAGUUUGAUGUCGUCAAGAAGCAGACACAUCAGGAUGCAGAGCUGCAGAUGGUGAAACACUAUGUGACAACAGGAUGGCCUAAGUAUGCAGCCAAAGUGCCAGACAAGGUAAAAGCAUAGUACACCUCCCGACAGCACCUCUCUACCUCACAAGGAGUAGUGUUGUAUGGUGAUAGUAUAGUAAUGCCACAAGAAAUGAGAACUGAGAUGUUAAAGUGGAUACACGACGGCCAUCAGGGCAUUGUGAAGUGCCGGGAGCGAGCUAGAGGUAGUGUGUGGUGGCCUGGAAUAAGUAAAAGCAUCCAGAAAAGAGUCAGUACAUGCAAAGACAGUCAGGAGUACAAACCUACUCAGAGGAGGGAACCUUUGAUCACCACUCCACUCCCCAGUCACCCAUGGGAAAGAAUAGCAGCUGACAUAUGUGAACUCAACAAGCAAAACUACCUGGUAGUUGUGGAGUAUUUUUCUAGAUAUAUAGAAAUAGCUUACCUCAAAGACAUGUUAGGAGAAACUACUAGAGCUAAACUGAAAAACUGGUUCGCCAGGUGGGGAUGCCCAAAUGUGUUCAUUACAGACAAUGCUCCCCAGUUCUCAGGUAGAGCUUUCACGCAAUUCUCUAAAGACUAUGAUUUCAGACACGCUACCACCAGCCCUCACUACGUCCAAGCAAAUGGUGAGGCAGAGAGAGCCGUGCAGACAGCCAAACGGAACCUGAAACAGGCAGACCCAUUCCUAGCUCUCAUGACCUACAGAGCAAAGCCACUGCAAGCCACAGGUGUGAGACCAGCACAGCUCAUGCUUGGCAGACAGCUCCACACCACAGUCCCACCCUGGAGGCUAACCUACAACCGGCAUGGCCAGACCUCCAGCAGGUGAGACGUGUCGACGGGGACAGGCGUGUCUACAGCAACAGGUACAAUGUCAGAGCCCUUCCAGACCUCCAGCCCGGAGUCAACAUCGCCUUGAAGAUGGACGACGAACAAGGCUGGACAAAGACAGCUUCAAUGCUUCAACAUUGUGACACACCCAAGUCAUACUUGGUCCAGACAGACAAGGGAGCGCUGCGCAGGAAUCGACGCCACCUGAAACCCCUCCACAGUGCUCCAGAGACUUCUCCAAAGGGUGGAGAGGAACACCCAGAGUGUGACACGGAGUUGCACUUACUUGUUUCAGAUGCUGACCCACCUCCUGUCACAACACCACAGACUCCAGUGCACAUUACUUCUCAUGGCAGAGUUGGCAAACCACCAGACAGAUAUGGAGAGUAUGUGCAGUAGUUAACACAGCCUGCAUUAUGUGGCAGAAUAACCCCACUGCAGCUACAGUGAGGGAAACAAGUAUUUGAUCCCCUGCUGAUUUUGUACGUUUGCCCACUGACAAAGAAAUGAUCAGUCUAUAAUUUUAAUGGUAGGUUUAUUUGAACAGUGAGAGACAGAAUAACAACAAAAAAAUCCAGAAAAACGCAUGUCAAAAAUGUUAUAAAUUGAUUUGCAUUUUAAUGAGGGAAAUACGUUUUUGACCCCCUCUCAAUCAGAAAGAUUUCUGGCUCCCAGGUGUCUUUUAUACAGGUAACGAGCUGAGAUUAGGAGCACACUCUUAAAGGGAGUGCUCCUAAUCUCAGCUUGUCCACAGAAGCAAUCAAUCAAUCAGAUUCCAAACUCUCCAUCAUGGCCAAGACCAAAGAGCUCUCCAAGGAUGUCAGGGACAAGAUUGUAGACAUACACAAGGCUGUAAAUGGAAUGGGCUACAAGACCAUCGACAAGCAGCUUGGUGAGAAGGUGACAACAGUUGGUGCGAUUAUUCGCAAAUGGAAGAAACACAAAAGACAUGUCAAUCUCCCUCGGCCUGAGGAUCCAUGCAAGAUCUCACCUCGUGGAGUUGCAAUGAUCAUGAGAACGGUGAGGAAUCAGCCCAGAACUACACGGGAGGAUCUUGUCAAUGAUCUCAAGGCAGCUGGGACCAUAGUCACGAAGAAAAAAAUUGGUAACACACUACGCCGUGAAGGACUGAAAUCCUGCAGCGCCCGCAAGGUCCCCCUGCUCAAGAAAGCACAUAUACAGGCCCGUCUGAAGUUUGCCAAUUAACAUCUGAAUGAUUCAGAGGAGAACUGGGUGAAAGUGUUGUGGUCAGAUGAGACCAAAAUUGAGCUCUUUGGCAUCAACUCAACUCGCCGUGUUUGGAGGAGGAGGAAUGCUGCCUAUGACCCCAAGAACACCAUCCCCACCGUCAAACAUGGAGGUGGAAACAUUAUGCUUUAGGGGUGUUUUUCUGCUAAGGGGACAGGACAACGUCACCGCAUCAAAAGGACGAUGGACGGGGCCAUGUACUGUCAAAUCUUGGGUGAGAACCUCCUUCCCUCAGCCAGGGCAUUGAAAAUGGGUCGUGGAUGGGUAUUCCAGCAUGACAAUGACCCAAAACACACGGCCAAGGCAACAAAGGAGUGGCUCAAGAAGAAGCACAUUAAGGUCCUGGAGUGGCCUAGCCAGUCUCCAGACCUUAAUCCCAUAGGAAAUCUGUGGAGGGAGCUGAAGGUUCGAGUUGCCAAACGUCAGGCCUCAAAACCUUAAUGACUUGGAGACAAAUCCCUCCUAAGGAGUGGGACAAAAUCCCUCCUGAGAUGUGUGCAAACCUGGUGGCCAACUACAAGAAACGUCUGACCUCUGUGAUUGCCAACAAGGGUUUUGCCACCAAGUACUAAGUCAUGUUUUGAAGAGGGGUCAAAUACUUAUUUCGCUCAUUAAAAUGCAAAUCAAUUGAUAACAUUUUUGACAUGCGUUUUUCUGGAUUUUUUUGUUGUGAUUCUGUCUCUCACUGUUCAAAUAAACCUACCAUUAAAAAUUAUAGACUGAUCAUGUCUUUGUCAACUUUUUUCCCUCACUGUAUGAAGGUGCCUGACAGUCUACCCAGCCCACCUUAGUUUAGAAUAUAGUUAAUGUUGAAGAAACAAGGGAAUGUUCGGUCGACAGAAAAUCAGUUGAUGUUUCAUGAGUUGUUUACGAAUUAAUAUGUUAAGGAGACAAACGUUUAUUUCAGAGUGAUGGACUAUAAACAGUCAUUCAUGUAAUGUGAUGUUUUGACACAUUUUAGAAACACAUGUAUUAAAAGAUUCAAAGAUGUUGGUGUAUUGGAACUAUUUUAUUAUGGCGGAGGGCGCUAAACCACAGAUGUGUGUAAUGGUGUUUCCUCCAGAGCAGCGCAGCGCAGCGCAGAGGCAAGUUGAGUUUUAUGCAGAGAGGGGAUUUGUCUCUACUUUACUGUGUUGCUGCCAUUGUACUGCUGACUUCUGAUCCUGCUCUGAUCUUUCACCAGUCUCUUACUACAAAAGAGGAGCCACUCCUCAGAUGGCUGUUCAGGCGAGAUCUGAUGCAGUAAUGGUUCUGUAUAGCUUUGCACUUGCAGCUCCACCAUUUGUUUACGUAAUGUGUGAGAUAAUUGCUAUACAACACACAAAGGUAUAUGAGUUCUCUGUAAAAUAUCUGGACAACCAGGGUAGAAUGGAUGUAACCUGAGAAUGAUAGAAUUCUGGUUGAUGUCUCUAAACUCUUCAGUGAUCAGGGGUGCCCUCUGUAUGACAGGGUUCCACCACCACAACUUAAGAUGCCGGAACAGUGAGCACUGAAAGCUUUGAUUCUCUGAAUGAUUGUUUUUAACUUCUCUAUUCAUGCAACUCAACCUUAUUAGGUAAUCUCACAGGGUAAACGCUAGCUACUAAAAUCUUUGAAGAUUCAGUUGAAAAUCUGUUAUUUAAAUCCAACAGAAUUUAGGGUAUUUCUGGAAUGUCUGGCAAAUGAUAGGUUACUAGCAGCAGCUCUAGUCUCUGUAUGGUUGUCAGAAUGGGCCUCUGCAGGGUUCAUUGGUGACUGAGGUGUGUUUUGACAGAGGGGUCCGGUCCACACACACAUACAGUAUAUGCAGCCAGUGAGCUAUGAAGUGUGUUCCGGGGGCAACUGUCUUCCCCCCAGCCCAGGAGCCAGACAGCCGUUCGCCACUCCUCUCCUCUUCCACAUGGGCGUCAUCGUUUCUUUCCCAGGAACUCAGCUCUAAUCCAGUUAAAGACAGAUUACCGGGUCUUGUGAUUUUCUUAAACCCUACCUCUCUCUCCUUCCCUGGGUGGCACUGGCACAAAGUGCAGACUGUUAGGUAUUCUGGGAUAUGUGCCCUUUUCUCCUCACUCACCUGCAGUCAGGAAUCUGGGUCAUAUUCUCUGUAAAUGAUUGUAACUGGGAAACAUUUAUUGCAGGUGUGUGGAAGUGUUACCUUUUACCUUCAUUUUGUAUCAACUGGUGCUUUGCUAUGUGCUGUCCUACUGUACAAUCAAUACAGAACUGGAUAUUUUCUAGACAGUGUCCUGUUCAGUGGAGGCUUCUGAGGGGAGGACAACUCAUAAUAAUGGCUGGAAUGGAGUGAAUGGAAUGGUAUCAAACACAUGAAAACCAAGUUCUGGAUACCAUUUCAUUCACUCCAUUCCAGCCAUUAUUAUGAGCCGUUCUCCCCUCAGAAGCCUCCACUGGUCCUGUUCAAUGUUAAAUUAACCAUCAUUGAGAAUGUGUACAAAUCUGCCAAUCACAGCACAUCCCCCUAUAGUUAUCUGAUCAGUCCAUCAAUUCAUGGGAUUGUCUAAUGAUAACAGUAUAGUGACUGACAUACUGGGCUUUAGUGCUGGAAGGCCAUUCCACUGACUGGAAUAUGGUGUCAGAGAAGAGAGUGACUAGAAGGGACUGGAUUCAAAUCCAAUAGAUCACUGGAGCUCUGAUACUGUAUGCUUGACCAUUAGGGAGUGAGGAUUCAGAGACAGCUCGUAGGAGCUGCUGUUAUUGGAUAAGGGUCAACAAUGACAGUUAUGAGGGCAGUGGAACAACCAAAGAAUUGCCUAGGGAGAGAUGAUCUCUGAGCACAGUAAGCAGUGUUAGAUCCAGUAGAGGAAAGAGAGGUUGACAGGUCCUGGCCCUAGCUGCUCUGACAGUCAAUGGAUUCACUGCUCAGCGCUCCAUUCCAGUGGCUGAGAAAGUGUCAGGUAGUGUGUGGAUUAAUCCUGAGCCUGGUUCCUCUGACACCCCCCGACUGCCCUCCCCGGCUCCCUGUCCCAGCCCGUAUAGAGAUAAGCAGCACAGAGCAUGUGUGGACGGGCCCUCCACACUCCAACACACACGUUCUACCUCCGCACAGGGGCAUUGUGGGAAGGGGCGGAGUGUUUGGAACAGUCCGUGUCCGACACUUUGACACCUGGAAUGUUUUUCUUCAUAAAUACACAUUUCCCCUCUCGCAGUCUCCCUGCAUUCUUACUGUAACGCCCUGUACAGAAGGGAGAUAGGAUGUUGGGCAAGUGUGUGUGUAGCUACGCCUUCCUUCUUUGGUAUGCGUGUGUGUGUAGCUAUGUGGCGGGCGGCGUACAGACACGUGCUUGACCAACGCUCUAAUCAGACUGUGAGAAACCAGCUGUUGUCAACAGCAGUUUUGAAACCUUCCAAAGGCCUGUGUUUUUGUUCGCACACUCCAAUACAUUAGCAUUAGGACGCAAUCUAACAGUAACGUUCUCUCACAUGUUGACAGGAAUUAGCAAAAAAGGUGUUAUUUGAGACCUGUGAUGUAAAUGUUAGUUUUACUUUAUAUAUGUCAAUUUCAUCAUUGAUUUUCGUGAGCAGCUAGCUGUACUGUACCUCCUCUGGAGUUUUAAGAAGAAAACAUGAACAGGCGUUGAGCGGAAGGGACAACAGCGUUUACACUGGUCUACUGUAUAUUUAAGCAAUAAGGCACCUCUGGGGUUUGUGGUAUAUGGCCAAUAUACCACGGCUAAGGGCUGUUCUUACGCUCGACGCAUCGCGGAGUGCCUGGACACAGCCAUUAGCCAUGGUGUAUUGGCCAUAUACCACAAACCCCCGAGGUGCCUUAUUGCUAUUAUAAACUGGUUACUAAAGUAAUUAGAGCAGUAAAAAUAAAGGUUUUGUCAUACCCAUGGUAUACGGUCUCAUAUACCACGGCUGUCAGCCAAUCAGCAUUCAGGGCUGGAACCACCCAGUUUAUAAUAAACAAUGGGUGCUUAGGUCGGAUUUGAAAAACUCUUUGAAAUGAAUGUCGCUGUUAUGUUUGGAGAAAAGACAGAGGAAUGCAAUAACAGAGUAGGUGAAGGCAGACCCUGGUGUGGCUUUACCAGGGACCUCCCCAAAUACACUCUUACAAAACACAUGCACACAAAGAUACACACACACAUGCACACACAUGUGGGUGCACACACACACAAUCACACACACACACUCACUGAGAUACAGUAGAUUGCCCCUUCAAAUGUCCAGUCAUGCAACACACCCACAUUGCAGCUUAGAGAAGCCAUUAGGGUCUGUAUCACUGUCAGAGAUAGCUUGUCACAGCCAGGGAGGGGUCCUCUAUCUUUGUUCUACAUCUCUGGUGAGCUUCAGGUAUUCUCUGUGGGCAAAUGUACAGCACUCCUAAAGGGACUUUUCUGUUUGCACAGGGAGAGUCGGAUAUGUGCAGAUAUCAACAUUCCAAAGGUCACGCUUUGAUUUUGAAUGUCUCAGGUUAAGUAAGGCCCAGUGGCAUAUUGCCUUGUGUUAAUGCUUUACUGCUCCUUUACUGGAAUUCAGGGAAUCUGAUUCAGUUAAAUAUUUUACUUGAACAGGGGCCAAGUCAUGGCACAGGUAUAGGAUCUUAAUUUGAUCACCCUGUUGCAGGAGAACAAAAAGGCUUCUGAAGUUAGUAAUUUCCACUUAGAAAUUUCAGACUUGGCCCUAUGUUUACUUGGUUCUCCUAUGACACCUACACAUGCUCUAAUGACUGGGUGUCUAUGGGAAAUAUGACUAUUUCAUUUCUCAUGGGUAACACAUGAUGUUUUUAAUUCCACAUCACACCUUCCACCUCCGUCGUGUCCCAACAUGCUGUGUGUUUGCUGUUACCUGGGCCUCUGAUGUUGAAAGGGGCCCCAGCGAUCUCUGCAUCUCUUUCCACAUCUCUAGCUGCCUCUCUAUUUCUCCUGCUCUGUAGAAAGUCAUCAGUCCACCCUUUCUUUUCUCUGUCACCCCCUUCCUUACCUCUUCACUCUCUUUCUCUCUUUGCCUUGUUUUUAUUCUCCUCACUCAAUCACUCUCCCUUCCUCUCUUGUUGCUCUCAACCAUGAUGAGGCUGGUUUUUCAGAGUCAGUGAUGUGUCGACAACAUUUACGUGGGUGAGACGGACAACAGGGUGUAAUACUCAGAGCCCAAAAUAGGGCAUAAUAGGGCAAUUCUGCAGGGCCCUGGCCCCUUCUGAACAGCUACCUUGAACACAAGUGUCUCGUCCAGGUGCAGAAGGAGCUGUGCAGUUCAUAGUUCACAGAUUAUGGCAGUGUGUUAAAGAUGAGGUCGCAACAACGACAACAACAACAACAUUUAUUGUCUCUAUUUUAACAGCCACCAUUCAGCUGUGAGGAGCCCGAAGCAACACUAUCAGUAGUAUGUCAUAGAAACCAACUCCAGUGUCCUAGAGACAGCCUAAGGGAAUCAGUGAUUUAUUUACCUCUCUUCAAUGUUCACCUCAGACUCCUGGCUUGAGGGCAGGAAAGCAACAUUACCCUUGUCCUGGAAUCCCUCACUUGUCCUAUGAGUCGUUCCAUUAGAUUUCAAUCACUUUUUGACCACACCCCUUUUGAUUUGAACAAAACUUUCCAUAGAUAUUUGCCCAUAGUAGAAGUGGUCAGAAUGUUACUUUUUGGACCUGAAUGCCAAAACAUUUAGGAGAUAAAGGGGGCUCAAAGUUGACCCAUUUUGCAUACCCCACCCUACCAUGAGACAUCCAUGUCUUCAUCACUGGAAAAUAUAAAUGGUUGAGUUUGAUAUCAUUUAAAAGCUUACAAACAGGGUUGUCAAACUAUUUGAUAAUUUCUUGAAAACAUUUGUUUUAAAUAAAAAUGAUUUCAUUUUCUAUCCUUUAACUUCAAUUAUCUAAAAACGCAUAACCUCCGAUUUUUUUCAUUUUCGCAUAAUUUGUAGCUUAGACCAAAUUUUACAUAAUUUGAGGUGUUUGUGUUGUGCCCGCCAUCAGUUGAGACACAGCAUACUCUUGAAUACAAGGUGGGUGUAAUUUCAAUCAUAGAAAUAUAAUUCAUUCAAUAGAAUGGACAUAUCCCUUCAGACCACUGCAAUUUAGCUGGUACACCAUUGAAAUUUGAUUUGACAUUUUUACUCCCAAUUACUACCACAAAGAUGGCCGCCAGUCCACCAACCAUUGAAUGUCAAUAUAAAUAGGAAUGUCUCUUCUAUUAUCUAUAUUUCUAUGAUUUCAAUAGAUUUCCUAUAGAAGAUUGAAAUUAUAAUUUAAAACAACUGAUAUUCCCAUUCAAGUCAACAUUCUCUGAUGUGUGGACUUCCAACCAUCUUUGUGCUACCAUUUGAAAGUUUACAUUUCGUUUUUGUUCACAUUUUAGUACAUUUAUCAGCCAAAACAUGACAUCCACCCUGUAUUUAAGAGCAUGCUGUGUCUCAACCGAUGGCGGGCAAAACACAAACACCUCAGGUAUUGUAACAUAUUCUAAGCUACAACAUAUGCGAAAAUGAAAAAUAUCGGAGUUUACUUGUUUUUACAUAAUUGAUGUUAAAGGUUAAAGAAUGACAUAAUUUGUAUUAAAAAAACAUUUGUUUCAAGAAAAUGUUAAACAGUUUGACAACUCUGUUUGCACGCUUUAAAUGGUAUCAAACUCAAUCGUUUAUCUUUUCCAGGGAUGAAGACAUUGGAUUUCUCAUGGUAGGGUGGGGUUAGUCUGGCUGACACCUAACUCGAAGAUCUCCUGACUUCAGAGUUUGGAAAGGCUGUUUUGAUGUUGUCAGCAUUAUGCAUGGAUAAUGAAGGGGGCUGUGCUUUUUUACUGAUUGGUUCUCCUCUGUGUAUUUCUCACUGAAACACCCAUGGACAGCCACACACCCCUGAGUGCCGCCCCCUUCCAAUAUAACUGUUGGAUUUUGAAAUCCAAACAACGUUAGGUCUCAACACCCCAGGAAAAAGAUAAACAUCUGAGAGAACCAAUUAAAGCUCAGCCAGAAAUAAGCACAACUCUGCUCGAAUACUGCAUUUACAACGGCCUCCUGUCCAGACCAGUGUGUCAGCUCUCCCUCGCUGACCAUGUGAGUCAUGUUAGCCAGGCUAACGGCGGGGUAUGCAAAAAUGGUCAACUUUGAGCACCUCUAUCUCCUAAAUGUUUUGGCAUUCAGGUCCAAAAAGGUACUUUCUGACCACUUCUACCAUGGGCAAAUAUGUAUACAAAGUUUUGUUCAAAAUAAAAAAGGGGUGCUGUCAAAAAGGGAUUGAAAUCAAAUGGAACGACCCCUAUGUAACCUGAUCUGAUACCAUUAUUUACAUUAGUUAACUUGAUACAGACUCUAUCUGCGCUGUCUGUCAUCACAAUUACUACAGAUCUGUAACAGAGAACAGUUACUGCAUUUACAUCGAAAAUGUGUCAUCCUGUUACAUGUAUUUUGUUACUCUCCAACGCUAGUAGUAACCCAGUAACCACUGUAGAAUUGUCUAUGAUGGAAAACAGAGAUGUUUUCCUGUGAUUUCCCAGUCAGGGUGGGACCGUAGCGCACAUAGUGUAGUGUACAGGAGUGGGUGUAUGCAGAGUGAGCUCAUCCUCUGGUCCUGCCUACUGACUGAACACUGCAAACACUAGACUCUUAGUGAUACAGAUACCACUCCUGUGGAAAGACAAGCCCAUUGCCUCCAGUCACGAAGCAUGAACUCAUUACCCUUAAGUUCUCUUUACAGACUGCAAAUAUAACAUGAUACCUGAGUGCCUUGCAAAAGUAUUCAUCCCCCUUGGCGUUUUUCCUAUUUUGAUGCAUUGCAACCUGUAAUUUAAAUGGAAUUUUUUUUGAAUUUCAUGUAAUGGAUAUACACAAAAUAGUCCAAAUUGGUGAAGUGAAAUGAAAAAAAUAACUUGUUUCAAGAAAUUCUAAAAAAUAAAUAAUGGAAAAGUGGUGCAUGCAUAUGUAUUCACCCCCUUUGCUAUGAAGCCCCUAAAUAAGAUCUGGUGCAACCAAUUACCUUCAGAAGUCACAUAAUUAGUUAAAUAAAGUCCACCUGUGUGCAAUCUAAGUGUCACAUGAUCUCAGUAUAUAUACACCUGUUCUGAAAGGCCCCAGAGUCUGCAACACCACUAAGCAAGGGGCACCACCAAGCAAGCAGCACCAUGAAGACCAAGGAGCUCUCCAAACAGGUCAGGGACAAAGUUGUGGAGAAGUACAGAUCAGGGUUGGGUUAUAAAAAAAUAUCCAAAACUUUGAACAUCCCACGGAGCACCAUUAAAUCCAUUAUAAAAAAAUUGAAAAAAUAUGGCACCACAACAAACCUGCCAAGAGAGGGCCACCCACCAAAACUCACACCAAAGUUAACGCUGAAGGAGCUGCAAAGCUCCACAGCGGAGAUUGGAGUAUCUGUCCAUAGGACCACUUUAAGCCGUACACUCCACAGAGCUGGGCUUUACGGAAGAGUGGCCAGAAAAAAGGCAUUGCUUAAAAAAAAAAAUAAGCAAACACGUUUGGUGUUCGCCAAAAGGCAUGUGGGAGACUCCCCAAACAUAUGGAAGAAGGUACUCUGGUCAGAUGAGACAAAAAUUGAGCUUUUUGGCCAUCAAGGAAAACGCUAUGUCUGGUGCAAACCCAACACCUCUCAUCACCCCGAGAACACCAUCCCCUCAGUGAAGCAUGAUGGUGGCAGCAUCAUGCUGUGGGGAUGUUUUUCAUCGGCAGGGACUGGGAAACUGGUCAGAAUUGAAGGAAUGAUGGAUGGCGCUAAAUACAGGGAAAUUCUUGAGGGAAACCUGUUUCAGUCUUCCAGAGAUUUGAGACUGGGAUGGAGGUUCACCUUCCAGCAGGACAAUGACCCUAAGCAUACUGCUAAAGCAACACUCGAGUGGUUUAAGGGGAAACAUUUAAAUGUUUUGGAAUGGCCUAGUCAAAACCCAGACCUCAAUCCAAUUGAAAAUCUGUGGUAUGAUUUAAAGAUUGCUGUACACCAGCGGAACCCAUUCAACUUGAAGGAGCUGGAGCAGUUUUGCCUUUAAGAAUGGGCAAAAAUCCCAGUGGCUAGAUGUGCCAAGCUUAUAGAGACAUACCCCAAGAGACUUGCAGCUGUAAUAGCUGCAAAAGGUGGCUCUACAAAGUAUUGACUUUGGGGGGGGGGGUGAAUAGUUAUGCACGCUCAGGUUCUUUUUUUUGGUCUUAUUUCUUGUUUGUUUCACAAGAAAAAAUAUUUUGCAUCUUCAAAGUGGUAGGCAUGUUGUGUAAAUCAAAUGAUACAAACCCCCCAAGAAUCAAUUCUAAUUCCAGGUUGUAAGGCAACAAAAUAGGAAAAAUGCCAAGAGGGGUGAAUACUGUCGCAAGCCACUGUAACUGUGUAUAACCUAAUGAAUUGGUUCGAUAGUAUGUCAUUUCUUUAUGUCUCCUUAUCUGAUGUGCUACAUAAUAUUGAACUAUUCAAUCCAUAUGCUUUAUAAAUGAUAGAGUAACUCAUCUUUUUUUAUUUUGUGUUCUUUUCCUUCCUCUUCCCUGUCCUCAAUUCCCCCUCAGCUCUUAGUGUUGUGGGACAGCAGCUCCCCUCAAGCCCGCAUGGCUGCAUGGAGGGCAGCUGUUACCCGGCAACAGGCAACCUGUUGAUUGGCCGAAACAUUAAUCUCAGCGCCACCUCCACUUGUGGUCUUCAUGGGCCUGAACACUACUGCAUAGUCAGCCACCUGCAGGUGAGAACACACACAGGCACACGCACACACACCUGGACUUGAACCUGAACCUGUUUUGGAAAUAAGACCCCAUUAUCUCCCGAGACCCCAGCCGUGGUCAUAACUCAUGGCUAACAUGUGCACUAGAAUCCGGUCGAAGGCCUGUCAGCCCGCGACCACCCGUGGGCGCGCGCAAUUGGCCAGGUCGUCCAGGUAGGGAGGGCUUUUGCCGGCAGGAUUACUCAGUGUAGAGCCAUGUUUGCAACGCCGGGGUUGGGUUCGAAAAUAAUAUGCACUAACUGUAUCUCUGAUAGACGUGCUAAUGACUUAAUGUAAAUGAUCCGUCUUACCCACCCAUAAUUGGAUGUCUCUCAUAAAGUCGACAUCCGGUGGUUGAGGACUUGAUCUGUUGCCCCACGGCCUCCGUCUAUUCCAUCUUACUGCUGUCCCAGGUGUACAGCGCACCCCACCUCCCUCCCUCCUCCAACCCCUCCCUACAUCCCUCUCUCCCUCUUCCCCCCUUCCCCCCUCCCUCCAUCCCUGACACAUUUUGACUUGAAGCUUGGCCUGCAUGUAUGUGUUCUACCUCAUUGUUAGCCUGUGGGCAGCAGAUACGGUAACACAUUGUGGAGUGUUAUAGGGUUACAUGAUUGAUGGGUGGUGACUGUGGAAUGGCUCUUAGAGCAGGGCGGGACAUGGUGACAGCCCCUCAUACUGUACUCCAGGUGGGAACCAUCAUCUGUCAGUCAAAUCACUCAACUGCUACUUCACCGGCCCACACCAAACACUCCUGUCGCAAUCAUUCCGAUUCAUUCCACUGAUGUUUUUCCUAUUUUUUGGUAGUUGUACUCAUUUUGUCCUGGUUUUCUUUUUAUAAUACCUGUAGUGGUAUGUACACAGAAGAAGGAAAAAAAAAACUUUUGCCUGUUCAAUUCAUAUUGUAACAAAUGCAGCUCCUGGUCACUUCCUGCGUCCUCCUACAGUAAUCUGAUUAUGCCAGUGUAGUGGCUGGACCAAGUCCAGGGCUGGGGACUGAUCUGUAGUAAUCUUCCUAUGGGCUGUUUGUUGUGACGCUCCAUCAGAGGGGUUCCCGUCUGGCCCCACGGCCCACUUGAUGGACUGGAACUAAAGCUUUAACGCUAGCCCUGCUUCCACUGGGUCGAGGAUGGGGGAGCAUGGGGGAGGAUGGAGGAGCCAGUGGGCUGUGACACUCAUAAGCCACAAUUUUCCUGUGUCAAUGAAGAUCAUUCAAAUCAAUGUCUUAAAUGAGUGCUGAUGAGUGCUAGUUAUAAUUUGAGUGUCCUCUAAGCUUGACUAAUGGGAGGUAAAUAUGUCUAAGAUGUGAGGAGAGGUAGAGAGGUUUGGUGAUGGAGGAUCCGUAUAUGAUGGUACCCUUAGCUUGAAGAAAGGAAUGCCCUUAUAAGACGAGGUCCGAAAUGAGGGUGUGAAAAGGAGAUUUACGGUUUAAAGCUGGUGUGACAGGCAUGUGCAUGUGUGCACCGACACACACCUACUUAUACACACUGUAUGCUUUCCUAUUGAUUUCUCCCCUCAAUCCUUUCACAUAAAUGUUGUUGGAGGCUUAAUCUCCCUUGACAACAACCUAGUUAAGAGACCCUGCUCUGGCGUUUUUCCAUGCCCCCCUCCCCCUCCCAUCCCCUCUGCCCUCCUCACUAUCCACCCGAUCCGCUCCACAGUAAUUAAGACUAUGAUCUAGGUGACAAUGUUACCCCUGCUUGGCUCCGGUCCUGCUAGCUGCCAUUGUGACUUGCAAAUGAGUGCCUGACCCACAUUUGUAGUUUCCAUAGGCAACCAGGGCUUUCCUGUUGGUGGUGUCAAACUCCUAGAUACACAUGUCAGCCGAAUGUCGUAAUUCAGUGAACAGGUCUAUUUAAGUCAGUGUUACUGUAUCACACACAAGUUAACAAAUCCUUCACACCUGCUGCUUCUGUCUCCCUGUAGGAAUUGGACAAGUGUUUUGCGUGUAACUCUCAGCGGCCUUAUGACCCAUACUACCACAAAAACAGUCACCGCGUGGAGAACGUCAUCCAACUCAAGGACAGCAACGAGGACCUCACCUGGUGGCAGUCCGUCAACGUGUGUGUGUGUGUGUGUGUGUGUGUGUGGUGUGUCUCAGCUGUAAUAAUCUCAUUGUGUUUUGUGUGAUUUAUUCCCUACAGGAGAGGAGGGUGUCAGUAUCAGACUCAAUCUGGAGGCAGAAUUCCACUUCACUCACCUCAUCAUGAAGUUUAAGGUGAGAGUAUGUGUGUGUUGCUGUCUGAUGCCAGCUCAGGAAUUUGUUGAAUAAUAUCCAAGAGACAUGAAUCCAAAUUACCUACAAACAUAUUAUUACCAAUAAAACAGACAUGUAAUAAACGUCACAUAAAUAAUUCUGAAUAAGUCCCAGCCGUUACUGAAUACUGUUCCGGCUGUUCCAUCUUUCUUUCCAAAGACAUUCCGACCGGCCGCCAUGCUGAUAGAGCGUUCGGCUGAUUUUGGUCGCUCCUGGAGACCGUACCGUUAUUUUGCCUACAACUGCACCAAGACGUUUCCACGUGUGCCCUCCCACGCCCUCCACUACAUCAAUGAUGUCAUCUGUGAGGAGAGAUAUUCUGACAUCGAGCCCUCCACGGAAGGAGAGGUGAGGCCAUGAAGCGAGUUAGGGACAAUGAUGGAGUUUCCUUCUUUAGAUGAAGAAAUGUGUAUUUGUUGAUUAUCUGAGCUGUGACACGACUCUCUUUUCUCGCUCAGGUCAUUUAUAAAGUGCUUGACCCUGCCAUACAUGUGAAAGACCCAUACAGUCUGGAGAUUCAAGGUGAGACAAAUACUUGGGAAAUGAGAUCAGUUAAGAAGACAAUCAGAGGACUACUGAAAGUAACCUAUAAACUAUACAUUUUAUAGGACUCCAUUAAAUAAUAAUGAAAGAUUUAUGUAAACAUCCCCUUUUAUUUGGUAGAGCUGUUGCGGAUCACCAACCUGCGGAUCAACUUCACCAAGCUGCACACCCUGGGAGAUAACCUGCUGGACCGGCGUUCUGACGUGCUGCAGAAGUACUAUUACUCCCUGUAUGAGCUGGUGGUGAGGGGCAGCUGCUUCUGCUACGGACACGCCUCAGAAUGUGCCCCCGUGCCAGGGGUUGAUGCCAGGGACAGUGGCAUGGUGGGUAGGACAGAGGCAUAGCUCAUAUCCAGUCAACUCUUUUUACACCUCAGUUUGUGUCAGGUAGCCUAGCGGUUAAGAGCAUUAGGCCAGUAACUGAAAGGUCGCUGGUUCGAAUCCCAAGCCGACUGGGUGAUAAAUCUGCCGAUGUUCUCUUGAGCAAGGUACGUAACCCUAAUUGCGCCUGUAAAUCGGUCUGGAUUAGAGCGUCUGCUAAAUGACAAAAAUGAAAAUGUCAUAUGUUGUCUCUGUGUGGGAACCCUUGGUCAUUGCAUAUGCUGAUGACUGUGAAAAAUGUCCAAGAGACAAUGGUAACUGUGAUGUUUUCUUUCUGUGUUGUGAUUGGUCAGAUCCAUGGGCGAUGUGUGUGUAAACACAAUACUGAGGGGUUAAACUGUGAACGCUGCAGAGUCUUCCACAACGACCUGCCCUGGAGCCCAGCCGAGGCCAACAACCCUCACACAUGCAGAGGUGAGACUAAACAUAACUCACCUGUAGUGGUAAGACAACACACACUCACUUGGAGUGGGAGGAAUCUGUCAAUGUAGUCCAACCCUGUAUGUAGAAGUAACACUACAGUACACACACAGCUGCAGAAACAACAUGCGGCACCAUUUCUGAUGUAUGUGAUUUUUUGCUUCUUUACCUAGAAUGCAACUGUAACGGUCACUCCAGCGAGUGUCACUUUGACAUGGCGGUGUACCUGGCCACGGGCAAUGCCAGCGGUGGCGUCUGUGACCACUGUCUCCACAACACCAUGGGACGCAACUGUGAGAUGUGUAAACCAUUCUACUAUAAGGACCCCAGCAGGGACAUCAGAGACCCAGCCGCUUGUACUGGUGAGCAAACCUGGAAUAAAAUACCGCAAUCUAGUGUUCUGCUGUCUGCAUACUACUAUGCAUACCGCUAUCCAUGUGUUUUGGUAAUACAGUGUAGAAGGACUACUCACUUUUUGCCCAUCUCGGUCUCUCUGCACUCCACUCUCAUUGUGUGACUGUUUCUCUGUCUCUCUAUCUUCCUACUCUCACUCUCCCUCUCUCUAGCGUGUGACUGUGAUCCUGUGGGUUCCAUGGAGGGAGGUGUGUGUGACAGCCACACAGACCUGAACAUGGGCAUGAUCGCCGGGCAGUGCCGCUGUAAGCUCAACGUUAAGGCCACCCGCUGUGACUACUGCAAGGAGGGCUACUACGGCCUGACCCACAACGACCCACAGGGCUGCCAACGUGAGUGUGUAUACCUUAACGUGUGCGUGUGUAUGCAUCUCUGUGUGUGUGUGUGUGUGUGUGUGUGUGUGUGUGUGUUGCCGCAGACAGUGUAAACCAUAUAUGUGUCUACUGUUUGUUUCUCUCAGCGUGUAACUGUGACCAUCGUGGGAUCAUAAUGCUGGGAGCACCAUGUGACCAGAUCAGUGGGGACUGCUCCUGUAAGAGAUACGUCACAGGCCGCUACUGCAACCAGUGUCUGGUAAGACUGGCCCUGUGCUCUUUACAGACCAUCGUCUACUAUCUCACACACCGUGCCUACUUUAUACAGGAUACUUUUCUGAUGCCUCUUCUUCCAUCUUGUAAUGAUUGUAUAUCGGUUCUGAGGAUGUGGUCAUAAUGUUGUCUGUGUGUCCUCCCCUUUAGCCGGAGUACUGGGGUCUCAGUAAUGACCUUGCAGGCUGCCGAGCCUGUGACUGUGACUUUGGUGGAGCCUACAGCAACAGGUACGUCCGACGUUUCAGGAGAAUUGCUUAUCUCUGUGUGUGUGUUUGUAUGAUUAAUCACACUGAAUAGGACUUAGCACUUAGUGUUGUGCAAGUCUUCAUUAUUAGGUGUUAAAUCAUGUCUAACUUUCUUACCGUUUCUUGACUGGUGAGUUGUGAAUGUACGAGGCUAUGAUGUCUGUGUGUACUGUAUGUCUGUCUGUAUACAGGUGUAUGGUUGAAAAUGGCCAGUGUGACUGUAGAAGGCACCUGAUUGGUCGACAGUGUUCUGACGUGCAGCCUGGGUACUUCUGUGCCCCACUGGACUACUACAAAUAUGAGGCAGAGGACGCCGUUGGCCACUCGCCUAGUGACCACAACCUUCCAGUAAGCAUAUACAGUACAAACAGAAAAACUGUCCGAUAGGGCACUAUUAAUAGAUGUAAAUUGAGUAUAGUCUAGUGUGAAUUUAGUCCUUACAAGCAUACCAGUGUUUGCAGUUCACAGCUCUCACCUGCUUCACUGCUAAAUGUAGAAUCCUUGAAUAAUAUGUUAUUUCCUUGGAAGAUGUUAAGUCUUUCUUUGCUGGACAGUUAGGAAGUGAAUGGUCUUUCUGUGGAUUUGGUACUUUUCCUUUUCUCUUGUGCUUUAAAUAAUGUGUGUAAACACCUUUCACUGAUAUUCUAUCCGACCUUGGGAUUCUAUAUCUGUGCGAUAUGGUUUUUAGACUAAACUUUUCCAUGUUUGGUCUUGGGCACAAACUGUUAACAUAAGGAGAUUUCACUGUAUUAUUUCACAUUCAAGGUCAUUCUUAGUGGAUUAGAAACUGUAUGUCUGUGUCGGUUCUGCUAAGUCUCUGAGUAGAACACUAUCUGAGGUCUUUAUCUGUAUCUGGGUCCCGUUGGGAUGUUUGACUGGCUUUAACUGUGCCUUGCAGGUACAGGCAGAGCUAGAGAGAUGGGUAUCAGACCAGGAGAAUGUGUCUCUGUGUGGGCAGACCCAUAGCUCAGGAGUUGUGUGUGUGUGUGUGUGUGUGUGUGUGUGUGUGUGUGUGUGUGUGUGUGUGUGCGCACUAUGGAAGGUACUGAUAGUCUGGCUCCCACAGGUAAAGGGAUUUACACUCCUCUCUGAUUGGUCAAUCAGAUUACCUGCUGCGUGUACAGACCCCCCCCCCCUACUCACCCAGACAGUUGCUGGAACAGAACACAACAACAGACAGACAACGGCUGCAGGCAGCAGGCCUCUGUGUUAUGUUAUCUCAUAUCAUACCUCCUGUCUCCUCACUUCCCCCAGGACAAGCCUCAACAUCCCCUACAAAAGCUAAAUUUAAAAAAGGAAUAUGAAAGCAUGAGAUACAGUAUGUAAGAGGCUGUCUGUAGAGUACAAUAGAGUGCAGGACCAGGGGAUUGUGGGUCAUGCAGUAGCUGGACUCAGGGGUUAGUGUGUUGUCACUUUUUUAAAAGUGAUUUAUUAUAAUGUGAUAUGAAGGGUGGUCAUGUGGUGUGAAAGGUGGUCAUGUGGUGUGAAGGGUGGUCAUGUGAUAAUAAACAUUAUUCUCUCUUGCACUACAUCCCCUCUCUCUCUAGCUAAAAUGAUACUGAUUAUACUUUCUCAUUUUCUGGCAUCUCUUUCUCUCUUUUUAUUGACAUGGCAUCAGUUCAUGCUUAGCAUCAGCUCUGAGCCUGGCUCCUCUCUAGGUUUCUUUCUAGUAUCCUGCCUUCUAGGGAGUUUUUCCUAGCCAUUGUGCUUCUACGUCUGCGUUGCUUGCUGUUUCGGUGUUUAGGCUGGGUAUCUGUAAAGCACUUUGUGACAACUGCUGAUGUAAAAAGGGCUUUAUAAAAUACAUUUGAUUGAUCAGGUUUUCUCAGGUUUCGUAGCGUCUUCAAACUGCGCUCUUUUGAGGGUGACCUUGCAUUAGAUGAGGGUGGCAGCAUGUUGUGUAUAUCAGAGGUCAGAUAAGUGAGUAUUGGCUGGUGUGUUAGCUACGGUAGUAGUGUGCAGUGGGCCUGCAGACAGAGCUGAGCCCAGUAACUCACCGACAGACACUGUGGUAGGCUAGGCUCCACUCAGAGCUAUGACACUGGCCCAGAGCUGAAGUGACCCGGAAAAAGAUCAGACGGUAGAGGAGAUGCCAGCCUGUCACAGAGAGUUAGUGCUGCCUGCCACACACACAUACACAAAGCCACAGCUCUCUGCCUCUUUUCUCUCUCUCUCUCUCUCUCUCUCUCUCUCUCUCUCUCUCUCUCUCUCUCUCUCUCUCUCUCUCUCUCUCUCUCUCUCUCUCUCUCUCUCUCUCUCUCUCACCCACCCACACGUUCUAGCAAUAUCUCUAACAGCACCACUCCCUCACAUACACUUUCUUUCUUUCUCUCUGUUGGAAUGAAUGUAAAAGUUUCCAUUUAAUAUCCUCAUGGUCACUAAUUUCAGCCUAGUCAAGGUACAGCUAUUCUGUUCCUAGCAAGGCAGGCACACUUAGUCUAUAAGUCGGUAGUCAGUAAAUCAAAUGAACUAAUCCUCACCUCCACCUCUCCUCUCCCCAGGGCAAGGCCAGGCCCCAGGCUGAGGUCGACUGUGUGGAACACCUCAACAACCAGCUGAGGAGACACAGACGCCACAGACGCAUCGCCACCACCCAGCAGCAGAGGACAGCACUGAGGCGCAUCCGCCAGCUGCAGCAAACGGUAACACUCACUGUCUGUUCCCUCCAUAUAAAUAAAUACUACUACUGACCUCUAUGUUUCCAUUUGCCUUGAACCAUGGUCAAAGUGAUUUAAUAUCGAUUGGAUGAUUACAUUAUCACACACAGAGAGAAUGGCUGUUUAGUUUUUUUUUUGUGCACUUCAAAGAGCUCUGCUGAUAAAUCCCAGUGAAAGUGGCCCACAUAUGGUAGAGAUAGUGGAGAAUGUCUCCACACAGACAUAUUCCAUAGACCAGUCAGUCAGAUGGUUAUGGGGUGGGCUGUGGGCGCAGGCAGCCAGGGCUUGACAGCAGGAAUCUGAGUCCACCCAUACAGUCCAUACAGGUAUGUGUUUGUUUAAUCUCCCUGGAUAGUCUCUCUCCUCCACCACAGACUAGAUUACCUGUCAAGGAUGUCUAAACAGGGCUGUUUUACAUGCUGUUCAUCUGACUCCUCUUGUUGGCAUAGUACAGUAUGCAUGCAGGAAUGUAGAACUGUUGACUGUGAGGGCCCUGAUAGUCCUGUGUAUGUUCACGGGUCAUCUUCUAUGUGUGUGUUCCAGCCUGAUGUAAGGAGUGUUCACAGGGAGAGAUCUCAGGGUCACAUGGUCACCUGGACUGGACCUGGUUUUGCCCGGGUCAAAGAUGGUGCUGGACUGGUAUUCACAAUAGACAACAUCCCCCAUGCCAUGGAGUAUGACAUCAUGAUCCGCUAUGAGCCAGAGGUACACUUCACUCUCAGAGUUCCUCCAUGUCUUCCCCACAAUGAACCAUAUACAUUCAUUCAAACCCAAUGUACAGUAUUACAGGAUUACACUAUCAGAAAUAAAAUAUUUGAAUGUUGUCUCCCUCCCUCAUUUUAUUACUCCACAGGGUGUAGUUGGAAAUGAUAAUUGUGAUAACAUUUACAUUUACAUUUUAGUUAUUUAGCAGACACUCUUAUCCAGAGCAACUUACAGUUAGUAUAUUCAUUUUAAGGUAACUAGGUGAGACAACCACAUAUCACUGUCAUAGUAAGUAAAAACGUUCCUCAAUAAAGCAGAUAUCAGCAAAGUCGGUGCUAGUAUGAAAAGACAAGUGUGAGUGUUAGUGCAAGAACAAUGCAACAGUGUAACAAUGGAACAGUGUAAAACAAAUGCUGUUUCCACCCUUUAAAACACUGCCUGUUAUGUGUGUGUGUGUGUAGUCUACUGAGGACUGGGAGGCCAUAGUGAGUGUUACCUCCCUGCUGCUGCCCACCAGCUCCCGCUGUGGCAACCUGCUUCCCACUGAACAGCUCUACACUGUCACCCUGCCACACCACAGGAGGUACUACUGAUACCAGCAGUGUGUGUGUGUGUAAAUGUGCGUGAGAGAAAGAGAGUGUUUAGUACAUGUUUUUAUUGUUAUAUAUGUUUCCCAUAUAUGUGGUCCUCUGUAGCUCAAUUUGUAGAGCAUGGCGCUUGUAACGCCAGGGUAGUGGGUUCGAUCCCCAGGACCACCCAUACGUAAAAAUGUAUGCACACAUGACUGUAAGUCGCUUUGGAUAACAGCGUCUGCUAAAUGGCAUAUUAUAUUAUAUUUCAUUAUCGUGUACUAACCUGUAUGUCAGUGUAUGUGUGGUCUUUGGAUUAAACCCAGGUAUAAAUCUAACAGUGACUUCAAUUAUAUUAUCUAACCCUCUAGCAAUAUUUACAAUCCAGCAGAUCAGCUGAUAACUAAGGAUUUCAGAACAUUCCUAAAGGGAUGUCUUGGAUAUUUCACUGUAUACUGUAUCUUGGUUCUGGCCAAACACGUGUGUGAGAGCACAUUCUUCUGUUAAAGUAAAUUGAUAGUGUAUUGAGAUUGAGUAACGGUGAAAACGCCCAGUCUAGGUGAGAGCAAGUUGCUGUAGGUUCAUUGAGUUCGUUUUAGAUUUAUUUAGCUGAGAUCAUCCUUGAGAUUGCAGAUGGUUAAGAUAAAAGCUUGCCAGAAGAUCACGUAUGAAUGAUUUGACUGUGUGUAUGAGUGUUCACCCGGUAGGGGGGCCUUGCAGUGAAUAGGAGAGGAUGUACUUUGUUACAGGUAAUAUACAGUACAAUGUUUGCUAUCAGCAAUAAAGAUGUAGUCCUUGUUGUGUUCUGUUCCUUUGAACUUUGCUAUGGGAAAUAGUCCUGCCUCCACAUUCCUCUGUAUAUGGAUGUGCCUGCCAUGUGUGUUUGUCCUGCAGCAUGCUCUUUGUCCACACUCAUUCUCUCACACUCUGUCAACCAUCACCAUGGAGACUGGCCAGCCCAACCCUUUCCUUUCCUUCUCCACCCCACCUAGGAAAGACUCUGAGUCUACCUCUCUGUUUUUACCUGCCUAGUAUGGUCUAUUCUCUGGUCAACCAACCUAUACAUGUUGAGAAACUUCCCUUAGAAUGAACUUGUGUGUAACAAAGAGUUCCGGCGGCCCUAGCCCGGAUCUUACUGGCUCACUGGACCGUGGCUCCCCCUGCUGUUCUGCUCUAUAAUUGGCGCCUCAGGCAGAACCAAUUAGCAAAGCAACCCAAAAUACAGACAGCGAGUCAGAAGUCAGACAGGAUGCCAGGGCAGAGAGGGAAAACAAGGGCACUAGGCACACAGUGGCUGGCAGACUGGAUCACACACUCUUUGUUGAGAGAUUAAAGAGGUGAUGGGGUACUAACCCCUCCUCUUUAUGAACUCAAAGACCUGUUCUAAAUUAGUUGUGUGCAAUUAGUUUUUGGGGAAUGCAGCACAUCUAAAAAAAGACAGACUGGAUUGUUGUGUUCACAUUUGAGUUGAUUCAUUUUGGUAGCCCGUCUGUGUCUCCGUCUGUUGCCUGUUUACCAGUAUUGAAGAGCAGGAGGAGAAAGGCCCUCUGACAGAGACUGUUCAUCUGUCUCUUCCAAUCAGGGGUCCCAGACCUCCCUGUUUCAUCCUGGCACUGGCACUACUGUAUGUGUGUUUGUAUAGUGGGUGUGUAUGUGUGUUUGUAUAGUGUCUGUGGGUGUGUAUGUGUUUUUGUAUAGUGUGUGUUUGUUUCUGGUCCAGUGAGCCUCUUCACUCUGUGCGUCAUCUGGUUGCAAGGCUAAGUUUGAUUUCUUUCACUUUAAUUUUUAUGGCUGUAUUUCCUUUCAACUUUAUAAUAUAGAACAAUGUAAUAUCAGAUUGUCUGCUAAGAGAAUCUCUUUGUGUGACCCAACAGGUAUGUCCAGAUGCCCAGGCCUUUCUGCUUUGAGCCCAGUAACCGUUAUGUCGUGGCCAUUAGAUUCCAGCGCCACGGAGUGUCCCAGAGACACCUGACUGCUUUCAUCCUCGUUGAUUCGGUGAGACAGUCAGACUAGAGUGACAGCCCCGCAUUAGAUGGAGUUAAUGUAAAACAGAAAGCAAAAUGUUUAUGUGUGUGAGUGAACGAUCAGCAGUGGUGUGAUAAUAACUGUUGAUCAGAUACCGCAACCUAGUGGUCUGAAAACAAACGUGCAUUUAGAUUAAGAUUGAGACUGCAAUAGGUACCAAAUUCACUUUACAUAUGAACUCCUUUCAGCUCUCACUCACCUUCUUUUACUACCUUUCAUCCCUCCAUUCCUCCUCCCCAGCUGGUGCUGAUCCCCAAGUACACAGAGCUGCCUGGUUUCCAGGGUAACGACCCUGCGGUGGAGGAGCGCCGUGAUGAGAUGGUGCGCUACAUGUGUCUGGACUCCUUCCUGGCCACGCCCAUGCCCAUGCUGGCAGAGAUGUGCACCAAGCUCAUCUGCAGCAUCUCUGCCAUCCUGCAUGAUGGAGCCCUGCGUGAGUGGACCCUCCACACAGCCACACACUGCACUGGGGGGUCAGGGGUCAAAGAUCAAAGGAACGGGAACAUUAGGCAAUGCCUCCAUUAAUACCUUCUUAUCGAAUACUGGGUAUUAAAUACACUUUACUUACCAAUCUACUAUUACAAGCUGCGCUAUGAUAAGUAACACAAUGUAACCAGUGUUGCCAACUAUUUUUAAGUAAGAAUCGCUGUUGGCUCCUUGAUUUGUCGCUAGAAGUCGCUAGAUUGCAUUUUGCGACGACGUCACAGCAUCAAUUUGCUGCGGCCCCCGACGUAGCGUUUUUGCCCCCCUCUCCCACCACACACCCCCUCCUCUUGUGCUUCUCUUCCUGUGUGUGCACCGUUGCUGUGACUUCUGUUGGACAGACAGCUUCUCCCACUCCCGUUUGCGCCAGAAUUUAGUGGGAAAAGUCGCUAAAUGCUAUCAAAACCAUAACUCUCGGUGGCAAAACUCCUCAAAAGCAGCCUGAAAAGUAGUGAAUUUGUCGCUAUCCUCUAAAACCAAUAAAAGUUGCUGGAGUGGCCUGAAAAUUCACUAAAUUGGCAACACUGAAUGUAACCCUGUUGUAACACAAUUUGAUAUGGUCUCCGUAUGCCAUCACCCAUGGCUUGUUUGACUAAACACUUUUCUUCUCCUCUCAUGUUCCCUACAGAAUGUCAGUGCGACCCCCAGGGGUCUCUCAGUGCUGAGUGUGACAGGGUCGGAGGUCAGUGUCGCUGUAAACCCAACGUGAUUGGACGACGGUGUGACCAGUGUGCACCUGGCACUUACGGCUUUGGACCAUAUGGCUGUACUGGUGAGUGAGCACUGACAUCCUUCAGUCAUUCAUCAUAUCUUUGUUUUAUUUAUAUAUAUAUAUAUAUAUACACAGUUGAAGUCGGAAGUUUACAUACACCUUAGCCAAAUACAUUUAAACUCAGUUUUUCACAAUUCCUGACAUUUAAUCCUAAUAAAAAUUCCCUGUUUUAGGUCAGUUAGGAUCACCACUUUAUUUUAAGGAUGUCACAAUAAUUUUACAUUUUAGUCAUUUAGCAGAUGCUCUUAUCCAGAGCAACUUACAGUUAGUGAAUACAUAUAUUUUUUUUAUACUGGCCCCCCGUGGGAAUCGAACCCACAACCCUGGCGUUGCAAACGCCAUGCUCUAUCAACUGAGCUACAUCCCUGCCGGCCAUUCCCUCCCCUACCCUGGACGAUGCUGGGCCAAUUGUGCGCCGCCCAUGAGUCUCCCGGUCGCUGCCGGCUGCGACAGAGCCUGGAUUCGAACCAGGAUCUCUAGUAAUAGUAGAGAGAAUGAUUUAUUUCAGCUUUUAUUUCUUUCAUCACAUUCCCAGUGGGUCAGAAGUUUACAUACACUCAAUUAGUAUUUGGUAGCAUUGCCUUUAAAUUGUUUAACUUGGGUCAAACAUUUCGGGUAGCUUUCCACAAGCUUCCCACAAUAAGUUGGAUGAAUUUUGGCCCAUUCUUCCUGACAGAGCUGGUGUAACUGAGUCAGGUUUGUAGACCUCCUUGCUCGCACACGCUUUUUCAGUUCUGCCCACAAAUUUUCUAUAGGAUUGAGGUCAGGGCUUUGUGAUGGCCACUCCAAUACCUUGACUUUGUUGUCCUUAAGCCAUUUUGCCACAAAUUUGGAAGUGUGCUUUGGGUCAUUGUCCAUUUGGAAGACCCAUUUGCGACCAAGCUUUAACUUCCUGACUGAUGUCUUGAGAUGUUGCUUCAAUAUAUCCACAUAAUUUUCCUUCCUCAUGAUGCCAUCUAUUUUGUGAAGUGCACCAGUCCCUCCUGCAGCAAAGCACCCCCACAGCAUGAUGCUGCCACCCCCGUGCUUCACGGUUGGGAUGGUGUACUUCGGCUUGCAAGCAACCCCCUUUUUCCUCCAAACAUAACAAUGGUCAUUAUGGCCAAACAGUUCUAUUUUUGUUUCAUCAGACCAGAGGACAUUUCUCCAAAAAGUAAGAUCUUUGUCCCCAUGUGCAGACAGAAGCUUCUAAAGCCAUGACAUCAUUUUCUGGAAUUUUUCAAGCUGUUUAAAGGCACAAUCAACUUAGUGUAUGUAAACUUCUGACCCACUGGAAUUGUGAUACAGUGAAUUAUAAGUGACAUAAUCUGUCUGUAAACAAUUGUUGGAAAAAUUACUUGUGUCAUGCACAAAGUAGAUGUCCUAACCGACUUGACAAAACUAUAGUUUGUUAACAAGAAAUUAGUGGAGUGGUUGAAAAACGAGUUUUAAUGACACCAACCUAAGUGUAUGUAAACUUCCGACUUCAACUGUAUUUACAGUACCAGUCAAAGGUUUGGACACAUCUACUCAUUCAAGGGUUUUUCUUUAUUUAAAACAUGUUUUACAUUGUAGAAUAAUAGUGAAGACAUCAAAACUAUGAAAUAACACAUAUGGAAUCAUGUAGUAACCAACAAUGUGUUAAACAAAUCAAAAUAUAUUUUAUAUUUGAGAUUCUUCAAAUAGCCACCCUUUGCCUUGAUGACAGCUUUGCACACUCUUGGCAUUCUCUUAACCAGCUUCAUGAGGUAGUCACCUGGAAUGCAUUUCAAUUAACAGGUGUGCCUUUUUAAAAGUGAAUUUGUGUCCUUCUUUUCUUAAUGCGUUUGAGCCAAUCAGUUGUGUUGUGACAAGGUAGGGGUGGUAUACAGAAGAUAUCCCUAUUUGGUAAAAGACCAAGUCCAUAUUAAGGCAAGAACAGCUCAAAUAAACAAAGAGAAAUGACAGUCCAUCAUUACUUUAAGACAUGAAAGACAGUCAAUGAGGAACAUUUCAAGAAUUUUGAAAGUUUCUUCAAGUGCAGUCGCAAAAACCAUCAAGCGCUAUGAUGAAACUGGCUCUCAUGAGGACCGCCACAGGAAUGGAAGACCCAGAGUUACCUCUGCUGCAGAGGAUAAGUUCAUUAGAGUUACCAGCCUCAGAAAUUGCAGACCAAAUAAAUGCUUCACAGAGUUCAAGUAACAGACACAUCUCAACAUCAACUGUUCAGAGGGGACUGUGUGAAUCAGGCCUUCAUGGUCGAAUUGCUGCAAAGAAACCACUACUAAAGGACACCAAUAAGAAGAAGAGACCUGCUUGGGCCAAGAAACACGAGCAAUGGACAUAAGACCGGUGGUCCAAAUUUGAGAUUUCUGGUUCCAAACGCCGUGUCUUUGUGAGAUGCGGUGUGGGUGAACGGAUGAUCUCCGCAUGUGUAGUUCCCACCGUAAAGCAUGGAGGAGGAGGUGUUAUGGUGUGGGGGUGCUUUGCUGGUGACACUGUCUGUGAUUUAUGUAGAAUUCAAGGCACACUUAACCAGCAUGGCUACAACAGCAUUCUGCAGCAAUACGCCAUCCCAUCUGGUUUGGGCUUAGUGGGACUAUCAUUUGUUUUUCAACAGGACAAUGACCCAACACACCUGCUAUUUGACCAAGAAGGAGAGUGAUGGAGUGCUGCAUUAGAUGACCUGGCCUCCACAAUCCCCCGACCUCAACCCAAUUUGAGAUGGUUUGGGAUGAAUCGGAUGCCAGAGUGAAGGAAAAGCAACCAACAAGUGCUCAGCAUAUGUGGGAACUCCUUCAAGACUGUUGGAAAAGCAUUCCAGGUGAAGCUGGUUGAGAGAAUGCCAAGAUUGUGCAAAGCUGUCAUCAAGGCAAAGGGUGGCUAUUUGAAGAAUCUCAAAUUUGAUGAUUUGUUUAAGACUUUUUUGGUUAAUACGUGAUUCCAUAUGUGUUAUUUCAUAGUUUUGAUGUCUUCACUAUUAUUCUACAAUGUAGAAAAUAGUACAAAUAAAGAAAAACCUUUGCAUUAGUAGGUGUGUCCAAACUUUUGACUGGUACUCUAUAUGGCAGGUGCUACAGCUUGUGUGUGUCAAACACUGGAUAACCUCACAAAACACAUCUGAAAUACUAUUUCCCCUUCUCUCUUUCUCCCUCUCUCUCCCUCCCUCCUUUUCUCUCUCCUCUCCCCCUCUCUUUCUCCCCCUCCCUCCACAGCCUGUGACUGCCAUUCCCAGGGCUCUCUGGGGCACCAGUGUGACCCGGCGACAGGGCAGUGCCCAUGCAGACAGGGGGCCAGCGGGCGCCAGUGUUCAGACUGCCAGCCUGGCCAGUGGGGCUUCCCCAGCUGCAGGCCGUGCCAGUGUAACGGUCACGCUGAUGACUGCAACCCACAAACAGGGGCGUGCCAGGCCUGCAGAGACUACACUGAUGGACAGUACUGUGAAAGGUGGGCAGUGGGAGUGGGAUAGACAGGGUAGUGAUUGGUAGUGGUCUGGGUAGUAGUGUUUUGGUGUAGUGUGGUUGGAUCAGAUAAUUGUUUGAUCAGUAGUAGUCCAAUAGGUAAUAGUGUGAUGGGUAGUAAGUGUACCACAUGAAACAGAUUAGGUAAUAGUGUGAUGAUGGGUACAAUACUCAAAUACACCUGUUCUGUCCCUCCCUGCCCAGGUGUGUGAAUGGUUUCUUUGGGAACCCAGUGCUGGGGUCUGGAGAUCACUGUCGACCAUGUGCCUGUCCUGGGAACCCAGGAAGUGGACACUCCAACGGGGACUCCUGUCACACUGACAUCUCAUCCAAUCAGAUCCUCUGCAACUGUAAAGAGGGCUAUACAGGUGAGUCCCAAUGAUACAGUUUAGCUCACUAAAAAAUACAUCCUAGCUUGGUUUAUAGGCAUUUCACUUAUUUACCUAACCCUAACCCCUCCACUCUAACCUAACCCUAACCCCUUCCCCACCCUAGGCCCUCGCUGUGAACGCUGUGCCCCUGGUUACUAUGGCAACAUUGCGCUCCCAGGGGGGCAGUGCCGCCCGUGCCAGUGCAGUGGCAACAUCGACACCCAGGACCCAGAGUCAUGUGACCCCAGCACCGGCCAAUGCCUGAGGUGCCUGUACAACACGGACGGCCCCUCCUGCUCCGACUGUAAACACGGUUACUAUGGCAACGCCCUGGCCCAGGACUGCAGGCGUGAGUUACAACAUGACAGUAGAUGGUUGAAUCUCUAAUGAGUUCUCUGCAUUUUCUUAUGUGUGUAAGGGACUGGUCAUGCCCACUGGAGACAAACAAUUGGCAUGUGUCUGCAGUGCACAUUCGCUCAAUUAUAUCUUACGACAUUCUCUGCUCUGUUUGUGUUGUAUUGUGUCUGACGUGUAUCUUAUUCCAUCUGCAGGCUGCACAUGUGUAACAGCAGGUACACAACAGUCAUACUGCAGUGACGGUCAUUGCCACUGUGACAGACAGACAGGAGCAUGCCCGUGUCGGGAAAAUGUGGUCGGGCACAACUGUGACCAGUGUGCCCCCGACUACUGGAACUAUGGCACAGACAGAGGGUGUGAGCAGUGUGGGUGCCACCCUCAUCACGCUAUGGGAUCCCAUUGCAACAUGGUAGGCCCUAUAGUUGUGAAAGGCAGUUUUACAUACUUUUGUUUAGUGUACUUUACUUUAUCAGUGGUAUCCCUCUCUCUGUCUGCCUGUAGUUUAGUGGACAGUGUCACUGUCAGCAAGGCUUUGGGGGAAGGCAGUGCACGGAGUGUGAGCAGUUCCAUUGGGGAGACCCACGCGUGCAGUGUGAAGGUAAUCACACAUCACAGUUCAAUAGGCUUUUCAAAGUCUGCCUUUAAUUCUAUAUUCUGUAUUACUGCCACCUUCAUAUUCACAAUGUAUAUCUUCAUGUGUAUCUCUCUCCCCCUCUCCAUCUCUCUGCUCCAUCUCUCUCCUCCUCUCCAUCUCUCUCUCCCCCCCAUCUCUCUACUCCCCCUGCACAGCUCUCUGACUCGGAGCUCCCCCCCCGCCAGCGCGGCGUGCCCCCCGCGCAGCCGAGGUCCCCGGCCAUCGCAGCUCGUCUCCCCCACUCCACUCCAUCUCGCCCUCUCCAUCUCUGUCUCCCCCUCUCCAUCCUUACUCCGCGUCAUCUCGCUACUCCCUCUCCAUCUCUCACUCUCUCUCACCCUCUCCAUCUCUUCUUCCUCUCCAUUCUCCUUCUCCCCUCUCAACCCUCUUCUCCCCCUCCAUCUCUUCUCCCCCUCUCCAUCUCUCUUCUCCCCCUCUCCAUCUCUCUACUCCCUCAGCGUGUAACUGUCACCGCCUGGGCUCAGAGAUGGCCCAGUGUGACCGUGUGACGGGGGUGUGUGAGUGUAAGGAGGGGGCGGCGGGGCAGCGGUGUGACGAGUGUGCCCGCGGGUUCACCGGGGCAUUCCCUAAGUGUGUCCGGUGCCACCCCUGCUUUGAGCUGUGGGAUGACGCGGUGUGUAUGAUCCGCCGGGACCUGGACCACAUCCGCCAUGACAUCCAGAAGAUCGUGGAGAGGGGAGAGACGCCCGGCGUGGGAGACAAACGCAUCCGCGAGCUGGAGAACAAACUGGCCCAGGUACAGGAUCUGAUCCGAGACGGAGACUGGGACAGACUACACCAGCUGAUUGGCCAGUCCAUCGAUGACCUCAGGUAACAGCGUCAUACUGUACUGUACUGUAGGUGGCACUAGAAUGGAGAGUGCUCUUUGACCUCUUGCAGUGUAGAGUAGUUAAAUCCACUGAUGACAAUAACUAAUGAAUCCACUGAUGACAAUACUGAGGGCCAUACUAACAUAAUACACACACAUAAAACCGGAUUCUGUGUGAAAUUGACAAUACCCAUUGACUAUGGACUGAGUCAUAUAAGAAGUCAGAAGUCUAACACGACUAUGUGGCAUUCCAGAGCGGAGAUAGCUCUGACUGACGGGCGUCUGAUGGGUGUGGCCUGGGAGCUGAAUGGGACAGCGGUGCAGGACGAGGUACUAAGGAGGAACCUGACCCAGAUGGAGAGAGAACUCAGGGACCUCAACACCACUCUGGUGCACAGCCGCCAAGAACAGGAGAACUACCUCAGCUCUGGUUUCCAAGGUAACACCUUCCCCUAGACCCCCUUCUUCCCCAGUCACCAAAACAGACACAUAUACACUUGACGCUCACACACGUCUUGUACAACUAACCUUGUGGGGACACACAAUUCAGUCCCAUUCAAAAUACUAUUUUCCUUAACCCCUAACCAUAAACCCAACCCUAACCUUAACCUUAACCCUAAACCUAGCCCUAGCUCCUAAUCCUAAAACUAACCCUAGCUCCUAACCCUAACCCUAAACCUAAUUCUAACCCUAACACUUUCUAACCUUAACCAUAAACCCCCUAGAAAUAGUAUUUGACCUUGUCGGGACUAACAAAAUGUCCCCUAUUGGUCAACUUUUUGUUUGUUUACUAUUAUUGUGGGGACUUCAAGUAUAGUACAAAAGUACACACACUGGCACACAUUCUGAUAAGCUGUAGACCACACUAUUUACCAAGAGAGUUUUCAUCUAUAUUUUUCAUAGCUGUCUAUUUACCACCACAAACCAAUGCUGGCAUUAAGAUUGCUCUGAAUGAGUUGUACAAGGCCAUUAAUCAACAGGAAAACGCUCAUCCAGAUGCAGCGCUCCUAGUGGCCGGGGACUUUAAUGCAGGGAAACUUAAAUCCGUUCUACCUAAUUUCUACCAGCAUGUUAAAUGUGCAACCAGAGGGAAAAAAACUCUAGACCACCUUUACUCCACACACAGAGACGCAUACAAAGCUCUCCCUCGCCCUCCAUUUGGCAAAUCUGACCAUAACUCUAUCCUCCUGAUUCCUGCUUAUAAGCAAAAACUGAAGCAGGAAGCACCAGUGAUUCGGUUAAUAAAAAAGUGGUCAGAUGACGCAGAUGCUAAGCUACAGGACUGUUUUGCUAGCACAGACUGGAACAUGUUCCGGGAUUCUUCAGACAGCAUUGAGGAGUACACCACAUCAGUCACUGGCUUCAUCAAUAAGUGCAUCGAUGAUGUCGUCCCCACAGUGACCGUACGUACAUACCCCAACCAGAAGCCAUGGAUUACAGGAAACAUCCGCACUGAGCUAAAGGGUAGAGCUGCCGCUUUCAAGGAACGGGACUCUAACCCGGACGCUUAUAAGAAAUCCCGCUAUGACCUCCGACGAACCAUCAAACAGGCAAAGAGUCAAUACAGGUCUAAGAUUGAAUCAUACUACACUGGCUCUGACGCUCGUCGGAUGUGGCAGGGCUUGAAAACUAUUACAGACUACAAAGGGAAGCACAGCCGCGAGCUGCCCAGUGACACAAGCCUACCAGACGAGCUAAACCACUUCUAUGCUCGCUUCGAGGCAAGCAACACUGAAGCAUGCAUGAGAGCACCAGCUGUUCCGGAUGACUAUGUGAUCACGCUCUCCGUAAGACUUUUAAGCAGGUCAACAUUCACAAGGCCGCAGGGCCAGACGGAUUACCAGGACGUGUACUCCGAGCAUGUGCUGACCAACUGGCAAGUGUCUUCACUGACAUUUUCAACAUGUCCCUGACUGAGUCUGUAAUACCAACAUGUUUCAAGCAGACCACCAUAGUCCCCGUGCCCAAGAACUCUAAGAUAACCUGCCUAAAUGACUACCGACCCGUAGCACUGACGUCUGUAGCCAUGAAGUGCUUUGAAAGACUGGUCAUGGCUCACAUCAACAGCAUAAUCCCAGAAACCCUAGACCCACUCCAAUUUGCAUACCGCCCCAACAGAUCCACAGAUGAUGCAAUCUCUAUCGCACUCCACACUGCCCUUUCCCACCUGGACAAGAGGAACACCUACGUGAGAAUGCUAUUCAUUGACUACAGCUCAGCAUUCAACACCAUAGUGCCCUCUAAGCUCAUCACUAAGCUAAGGAUCCUGGGACUAAACACCUCCCUCUGCAACUGGAUCCUGGACUUCCUGACGGGCCGCCCCCAGGUGGUAAGGGUAGGUAACAACACAUCUGCCACACUGAUCCUCAACACGGGGGCCCCUCAGGGGUGCGUGCUCAGUCCCCUCCUGUACUCUCUGUUCACCCAUGACUGCAUGUCCAGGCACGACUCCAACACCAUCAUUAAGUUUGCCGACGACACAACAGUGGUAGGCCUGAUCACCGACAACGAUGAGACAGCCUAUAGGGAGGAGGUCAGAGAUCUGGCCGUGUGGUGCCAGGACAACAACCUCUCCCUCAACGUGACCAAGACAAAGGAGAUGAUUGUGGACUACAGGAAAAAAAAGAGGACUGAGCACGCCCCCAUUCUCAUCGACGGGGCUGUAGUGGAACAGGUUGAGAGCUUCAAGUUCCUUGGUGUCCACAUCACCAACGAACUAUCAUGGUCCAAACACACCAAGACAGUCGUGAAGAGGGCACGACAAAGCCUAUUCCCCCUCAGGAGACUAAAAAGAUUUGGCAUGGGUCCUCAGAUCCUCAAAAAAUUAUACAGCUGCACCAUCGAGAGCAUCCUGACUGGUUGCAUCACCGCCUGGUAUGGCAACUGCUUGGCCUCUGACCGCAAGGCACUACAGAGGGUAGUGCGUACGGCCCAGUACAUCACUGGGGCAAAGCUUCCUGCCAUCCAGGACCUCUAUACCAGGCGGUGUCAGAGGAAGGCCCUCAAAAUUGUCAAAGACUCCAGCCACCCUAGUCAUAGACUGUUCUCUCUGCUACCGCACGGCAAGCGGUACCGGAGUGCCAAGUCUAGGUCCAAAAGACUUCUCAACAGCUUCUACCCCCAAGCCAUAAGACUCCUGAACAGCUAAUCAUGGCUACCUGGACUAUUUGCACUGACCCCCCACCCCAUCCUUUUUACGCUGCUGCUACUCUGUUAAGUAUUUAUGCAUAGUCACUUUAACUCUACCCACAUGUACAUAUUACCUCAACUACCUCAACUAGCCGGUGCCCCCGCACAUUGACUCUGCAACGGUACCCCCCUGUAUAUAUAGCCUCCCUACUGUCACUUUAUUUUACUGUAUAUAUAGCCUCCCUACUGUCACUUUAUUUUACUUCUGCUCUUUUUUUCUCAACACUUUUUUUGUUGUUGUUUUAUUCUUACUUUUUUUUGUUUAAAAUAAAUGCACUGUUGGUUAAGGGCUGUAAGUAAGCAUUUCACUGUAAUGUCUGCACCUGUUGUAUUCGGCGCAUGUGACCAAUACAAUUUGAUUUGAUUUGAUUUGACAUACACAUGUAUUUACUCUUCAGUUAGUCUCUUUCAUUCAUGUCUUUGGCCUUGUUCUUGUCCCAUCCCAGAUCAGUUUGACAAUGUGAAGAAGUACUACGGUGAGUCCCAGGAGGCUCAACAGAAGUGCAACGCCUCAGUGUCCGGUCCUUUCAGCCCUGUGGAGGAGUCUAAAGCCACACGUGCACACACCGAGGGCCUUCUGAACAAGAGACGGGAUAAGUUCCUGCGCACCGUGGCGGCCCAGAAGAAAUCACUGUCAGAGCUGCAGAACAAAGCCCAGGAUGUGGACAAGAAAGUCCACCACUUGAGCCACAAGGUACACUCUUAGAAAAGAAGGUGCUACCUAGAACCAUAAAGGGUUCUUCAGUUGUCCCCAAAAGGGGAACCCUCUGAAAAUGAAAAAUGUUUUGGUUCAAAGUGGAACACUUUCACUAAAACAAAAUUAUACGUGGAACUCUUUCAACACAAAGGUUAUAAGGAUAACCUUUUUCACCACCAAAGGGUUCUUUCUACCUGAAACCAAAAAAAGGUAUCCUAUGGGGACAAACAAAGAAGCCUUUUUUCUCCAGGAGUGUAGGGGCCUGUAGGGGACAAUAUAGUGGGGUCUGUAUCCUAAAGGGAAGCUAGUCGCCUUUCUUAGCAGGAUUGGUCAUCCCUGUCACAUAGAGCUAACUGUCAGACCUGUCAUGAUUUCACUUGUGAUAACUGUUACACUAUCCCUGCCCUAAAUAUGUGCCCUGUAGCGCUCUGUGUCUCUCUGACAACUCUGUUGUUGUUUUUCUUCCAGGUAUGUGGUGGCCAUUCCAAUGCCAGCUCCAAUGGCACAUGUCACGACAGCCCAUGUGGGGGUGCUGGUUGUCGUGACAAUGACGGUCGCCGGGUGUGUGGCGGGGAUGGGUGUAACGGGACUGUUAGCGCCUCCCUAAAGGGACUGAAACAUGCCAAUGAUGUCACAGACAACCUGACUGCUGCCAGUGAGGAUCUCCAGGGUAUGGCUAAAAAGGUAUGUCUGCCUAAAUAUCUCACAUGUACGAUACCUCUGCAUGCAUGUAUCUCAAUAUAAGCUGAAUCACUGAGCAAAAUCUGCCUUUUUAAGUUCUCUAAAAGGGGUUGUAUUAUAUGUCUGUCAGUGCUCUUGUGAUUGUAAGCAUGUUUUGUAUAUGUGUUGCAUAUGCAGUAAUCCCCAGUUUUAUGUUUCCAGCUCCAGGACCUAGCUAUGCUGACCCAGGAUGUGAAGAAUCAAGCCAUGGACACCCUGGACAAAGCCCAGAAGAAGAAGGACUUAUUUGAAAACUCCAAUAAAAAACUCAAGGAAUUCAUUCAGAAGAUCAAAGACUUCCUGACUGGUUUGUUAAUGCCAGUAACCUUCCAGAUAACUUAUCUCUAUGGACAUGUCUUAUGAUAUGAAAUUGAUCAUGGUUCUUCUCCACUAUGUGUUGUGUACAGAGGAGGGUGCGGACCCAGAGAGCAUAGAGAAGGUGGCUCAGCAGGUGCUGGCCAUAUCUCUUCCUUUCAACAGAACCACUCUAGACAGCAUGGUCCAGCAGAUUAAAGACAACAUUAACAACCUGACAGAUGUAGAGGGGGUCUUCAACCACACCUCCCAGCAACUCCACCAGGCCAAGGAGCUGCUCAACCGAGCUAAGGAUGCCAAGUAAGACAGAGGGAGAAAGAGGCAAAGAGAGGCAUAUUAGACUUAGACGUAUAGACUUAUAAGUAAAUCAUGAUGAUCUUUGUCUGUUCACCAGUAGUUACUCUGUUAUUAGCCUAUGUGAUAUAAAAUGGAACACAGGAAAUGCACAGAGAGUGUUUUCAUAGAACAGCAGAGCUCUCAGACUCACACAUGUCCUGUGUGUGUUUGAAGGACACGGGCAGAAGGAGUGAAGGACACAGCCAACAUGACUAAGCAGUCUUUGGAUGCGUCUGAAAAGGCUAUUCAGAAUGCAACCAAAGCCCUGGACAAUGCCCUGAACAAUCUCAACAGCACAAGGAACGCCACCGCAACGGUACACUACUGUCCACAGCCACACCACAGUGUGUGUGUGUUUUACAUUCUGAUAUCUUUCUUGUUGUAUACCCAUGCAGGUGGAGGAGAAACUUCAGGAUCUGGAGGUCAAGCAGAUGGAUGCUAUGAUGCGACUGGCCAACCUGUCGAUGGGGGUAGAGGCACUAAAAACCAAGACAGAUCAGAACAGGGAGAUGGCCCAAGAUGCCAAGAACCAGGCCAAAAAUGCCACUAAUGCAGCAUCGGGACUGGAGCAGGUGUGUGUGUGUGUGUGCGUGUGCAUCCGUGCCUGUGUGCUUGACUGCGUGCUGGCAUAAGCAUGUGUAUGUGUGUGUAUGGAUGAGUGUGUCCUGGUUGUGGUCCUCCAUGUUUUUUUUGUCCGGAAGUUGUGGGCUGAGCUAAAAAAUGUCUGUCAGAAGUAUUACAAUGUAAACUUACUUUUAAUCCGUAUGUCUGCAUAUUUCCAGACAUGGCAUAUGGGGGUGUAGUGAGAUACCCGAUGGGCUGGACAAUUCUCUUCUCAUCACUCAUCUUGAAAAAAUGUAUACUAAAAACUUAGAAGUCAAUCAAUCUGCCAUUAUUAACACAAUGGAAAAAUCUAAUGAUUUAUUAUUCAAAUAUUGAAAUAGCAUGGGCGACCAAGAAAAAUAAAUUGGUUCAAUUUAAGGCCAAGUGACAAAUAAUAAUGCAGGCACUAGGGAUGGGGGUGUGAGCAUGCAGGCCUGGGCAGAUGAGAUGUAGUCAUUGUUUGUGUGUGUCUGUUAGUUGUUGUUUGUUUGUAUAAGUUUGUACCUGGACCACACUUUUUUAAUGGCUAGCUCAGAAUAUGAGCUUUCCAACAGUCGUUUAUAUAUGAUAUAAAUCAGUCCUUUCGGGAGCCCAGAUCAUUUAUUUAUAAAUCCCAUCAUUGGAUGGUUCGGUAGUUGGUUUCCCAAGGGACUCCAUAAACCAGCAUAGCUGACCUAAGUUGUAAAUAUAGAAAAAAAGGAGUUGCCUGGUAAUGUGGAUGUAUCUUUCAAAUCUUGGAAUGUUCUCAACCCAUUACUGUCCAUGAUAUCAGCAAGGGUACGGAUUCUACAUUUUGACCAUUGGGAGGAUGCAAAAGGCCACCCUCCAGAUCUCAGGGCAUUAUUGUGAAAUAUUGGAGUAUGGCCAUGCCAUUUUGAUUCCCAGUUACAUUGUUUUUCAAUUUGCGCCAAAAAUAAAUUGUGUGAGCAAUAAUAGGACCAAAGCGUAGUUUACAUUGUUUAAGGGAUAUAUCAGUGAAGACCACCUCUUCCAGGGCAAUAGGAGACACCAUAUUUCUCUCUAUACUCAGCCAGGGGGUGGAAGAAUCAUGUCUAAACCGAUUUAGGAAGAGCCAAAAUGCUAGUGCCUUGAAAUACAAUUUAAAGUUUGGUACGGAUAGUCCUCCUGUGCCUUUCCCUAUUUGUAAAUGUGUUCAUUUUAUCCGGGAUCUUUUACCUUGUCAUAUAAAUGUAUAAACCGCACUGUGAAUUGUAGCCCAAUAGCUAGAAGGGGGAGCCAUGGGAAGCAUUGAACUACAGAAAUUCAGCCGUGGCAAUAUAUUAAUUUUGACAAUAGAUGUGGUCCUCCAUGUUGACUUGUUGCUCUAUGUGUCUGGUUGUGCUCCAGAGGCUGAAUGAAACAGAGGAUCGGUACAAGGAACUGCAGAUGAAGGUGGACUCUCUGGAUGGGGCCUCGGGGGGCCUGGGGAACGUCAACCAGAGGGCCAAGGAGAUCAAGAAGGAGGCUGAAGACCUGCUCACUAAGGCCAACAAGGGCAUAGAAACCCUACAGAGUAUGUAAUGUUACUGUACUGCCCUCUGAAACAUAUGAUAUAGAAUACAUGCUCAACGGGUGUAGAUAGAGCAGUAUGCAUCCAUAAAGCGUAAUCAUUGUUAAGAGUAGUCGAUGGCCAAAGGAUAUCAACAUGGUGUCUUUGGAUUUGUAUGCAGAUGUGGUCGUAAGUGUGAACUGGAAACUCCGUACAUAGUGCACUAUUUUUGACCAGGGCCCAUAGGGCUCUGCUCAAAAGUAGUGCAUUAUAUAGGGAAUAGUGUGCCAUUUGGGACGCAGCUAAGCUUUUCAAAGAAUGCCCCUCUAUUGUUGUCUUCCUAUAAUCUGUUCUCUGUUGUUCCGUUUUAGAGCUUGAGAGGAAGUUCCGUAAUAAUGAGCAGAGAAUGCAGGACCAGCAAACCGAGCUAGGGGAACUGGAGAAGAACGCCACGGACGCACGGGAUGCUAUACGAAAGCAGGUGCAGACAUACAACAACUGUAACUGAUCAUGUGGAUUGAACGAUGUAGGAAACUGUAUUAAUGAAAAUGUACCACUUUAUUCCAAUUAUCCCUCUGUCAAAUUUGAAAUGAACUUAAUAAAACAAUUAUCACACAAAAAAAGAAGUAUGGCAACUGUUAGUGAUGGGAGGAACACUGGGUAAUGUGUACUGUAUAGCUGUAGUCCGUUAGAACACAGCAGGGAGCUCCUUCUGAUGUUGUGAAUAUGCCAGUAAAACUGUCAGUAAAACUGUUGGCACUACAUAGAUCAUCUGCUUCUGUCAGUCAAUGGUUAGAGUAACUCCCAAUCAUUCAUUUCAUGGUUUUGACAUGAUGCCAUCUGCACAAGGUUGUUGUGUAGCUAUGUCUUGAAGAUGACAACUGGAUAUGGACCAAUUAAAUAUGUUUUGUGUUCCAAGAUAGAUAGACUUUUGAAUUAAUUGAAGAAAAGAGAUCAGAGAGAAUGUUUUAGAGGAAUAUGUUCUUUUGACCAAUUAAACGCUCUUUCAGGAAUUACUUUAGAUUUAUUUUGACUACAGUACUUAUAUGCUAUAUGUACAAUAGGACAUUCAUAUCGAAAAAGUAAUAUCUGAUACCUAGGAGUGACAGAUGUUACAGUUUUAUUUUGUAACCAAGUAUGGUCUUGAUGCAAAAAAAAGAAUUUCGGCAGUCACACAUAUACAGUAUACACAAAAACAAACACACGCACGGUCGCUCACACAAACAAACAUUUUUCUACACGAAUUUCAUCCCUAUUGAUGUAUAAUUGAAACAGACAUCUAUGAAAAAUAAAUAUACAUUUGAUAUCA